GCGGCUGACAGCUGCAAGCGGCACGAAUUCAACUGCGACGGGAUCGAGACAAUCGAGACGGUCGAGACGGCCAAUUAGCGUCGCGGAAAAGAGGCUUCACCCACUUCGAUACAUUCGAGAUUUAGUUAAGACGCAAUUUUUCUGAUAGGAUUUGUGACAUAUCGGAGCAAGAGUGACAAAAGUGGUCUGUUCAUAACUUUAUAAAUGUAUAAUGUGGUUAUCUGCAAAUUAUAUCGGCAAGGCAAUUGCCGUUAUGGGCAAUAUUGUCAAUUUGAACAUGUCAAUCAUUUUGGUGGCCCCAUAACAGACUUAUCUAAUGAGGAUGAAAUCGCUGUUAUUGUGGCAAAAGAAGUCCUCCUUGCUGAAAAAGGUGGACAAUGGUUAUUGUCAUGUUUUGCACCGCUCAAAGGAUGUCCCAGUAUUCCAGACAUGGAGGAUUUGUCUCCAGAUGAAGUUCGAUGGGAGAUGUACCAGGCUCAAAAAAGUGGCAUGUUUGAGCAAGCAAACCUGCAUUUUCAACAACUGUGCCAAGACAUGAAGGCCAAGAGAGAUGCAUUGAAGAAUCCCAGUCGAGAGACAAUAACUAUGUUGAAAAAACUUUUGGGUAGUAGUCAAAUAGGUGGGUUGAAUGAAAAUAGCAAUACAACCAAGAAAUCAUCUCAUUCCUUUCUUGCAGCCUCUCAGUUGAAUAACAUGUUCGGGAAACAAACAUUUGGCGUGCACAGUAACAGUUCAUUCAGUGGAGGAUUCAACUUUUCAAAUAAUACGACGAUAUUCGGAAGAUCCAACAAUAGCACGACACCCAUGUUCGGCGGCACGCCAACCUUUGGGAACAAUAACAGCUUCGGUACCACGACGAACACCAGCUCUAUUUUCAGCGGAACAACAAACACGCCGACGUUCGGAACCGUCGCGUCUCAGUCUAAUCCGAUUUUUGGCAGCACAUCUCAAGGCAUAUUCGGCCAAAGUAAUGUAUUCGGUGGAGGGACGAGUGAGCUGACUACGUCGGCAUUCGACAGCGGUGCGACUUCUUCAUUGUUCAACAAUCCGAUGACUUUCCAGGCGAACAUUUCUUUGUUCGCAGCGGCGCAAACCACCACCGCAAGCUUGUUCGGCGGCUCAUCGAACACCCAGACGAAUUCAGUCUUUGGCGCGACCACAUCGUCUGGUCCCUUCAACGCUGGAUUAUUCAGUCAGCCGAAGACACUGCCCGCCAUCGAUGGAGCGCCAGUUUUUGGCGGAGCGACGAAUUAUACUGGCAAUUCCAGCUCUAUAUUCGGCGGAUCCGCUCAAACGUUUGGCACACCAGCGAUAUCGUCGAGCGGUAUCUUCGGUGCAGCCGCCACUACGACUCCGGCAUUCGGAGGAUUUGCUGCUACUAUAACACCAGCCUUUGGUACGUCCGCCGCUACCACGACGCCUGCUUUUGGUGGAACUGCCGUCACAACUACACCGGCUUUCAGUUUGGGCCAGCAACCUGUGGCUAAUACUUUUGGGACGCCAGUAUCCACCCCAAAUGUCUUCGGAGCACAGAACACCGGCACUGCUAUGCCGAUAAGUAAUAAUACACCGUUCGGAGAGCCGGUCAACGGUCCGUUCGUCACUGUAGCGAAUCCGCAAUUCGGUUCUACAAGUACGACUUCGACACCGUUUGCCAGCGCGGGAUUUGGUCUGGCGGCAGCGAACACGAGCGACACGUUUGGUACCGCCGCCACGUCUUCUAAUUCAUUGUUCGCGAAUGCGAUAUGCAUAUCUAUCAGAUGUAAGAUAGUGAAAAUGGUUAUCUGCAAAUUUUAUCGGCAAGGCAAUUGCCGUUAUGGACAAUAUUGUCAAUUUGAACAUGUCAAUCAUUUUGGUGGCCCCAAAACAGACUUAUAUAAUGAGGAUGAAAUCGCGGUUAUUGUGGCAAAAGAAGUCCUCCUUGCUGAAAGAGGUGGACAAUGGUUAUUGUCAUGUUUUGCACCACUCAAAGAACGUCCCAGUAUUCCAGGCAUGGAGGAUUUGUCUCCAGAUGAAGUUCGAUGGGAGAUGUACCAGGCUCAAAAAAGUGGCAUGGUCGAGCAAGCAAAACUGCAUUUUCAACAACUGUGCCAAGACAUGAAGGCCAAGAGAGAUGCAUUGAAGAAUCCCAGUCGAGAGACAAUAACUAUGUUGAAAAAACUUUUGGGUAGUGGUCAAAAAGGUGGGUUGAGUGAAAAUAGUAAUACAACCAAGAAAUCAUCUCAUUCCUUUCUUGCAGCCUCUCAGUUGAACUUAGCUAAUAGCACACCAGCCAAUAACGUGUUCGGGAAACAAACAUUUGGCGUGCAGAGUAACAGUUCAUUCAGUGGAGGAUUCAACUCUUCAAAUAAUACGUCGAUAUUCGGAAGAUCCAACAAUAACACGACACCCAUGUUCGGCAGCACGCCAACCUUUGGGAACAAUAUCAGCUUCGGUACCACGACGAACACCAGCUCUAUUUUCAGCGGAACAACGAACACGCCGACGUUCGGAACCGUCGCGUCUCAGUCUAAUCCGAUUUUUGGCAGCACGUCUCAAGGCAUAUUCGGCCAAAGUAAUGUAUUCGGUGGAGGGACGAGUCAGCUGAACUCGCAGUCGACCACGUCGGCAUUCGACAGCGGUGCGACGUCUGCCACCUCAUUGUUCAACAAUCCGAUGACUGCCCAGGCGAACACUUCUUUGUUCUCAGCGGCACAAACCACCACCGCAAGCUUGUUCGGCGGCUCAUCGAACACCCAGACGAAUCCAGUCUUUGGCGCGACCACAUCGUCUGGUCCCUUCAACGCUGGAUUAUUCAGUCAGCCGAAGACACUGCCUGCCUUCGGUGGAGCGCCAGUUUUUGGCGGAGCGACGAAUUAUACCGGCAAUUCCAGCUCGAUAUUCGGCGGAUCCGCUCAAACGUUUGGCACACCAGCGAUAUCGUCGAGCGGUAUCUUCGGUGCAGCCGCCACUACGACUCCGGCAUUCGGAGGAUCUGCUGCUACUAUAACACCAGCCUUUGGUACGUCCGUCGCUACCACGACGCCUGCUUUUGGUGGAACUGCCGUCACAACUACACCAGCUUUCAGUUUGGGCCAGCAACCUGUGGCUAAUACUUUUGGGACGCCAGUAUCCACCCCAAAUGUCUUCGGAGCACAGAACACCGGCACUGCUAUGCCGAUAAGUAAUAACACACCGUUCGGAGAGCUGGUCAACGGUCCGUUCGUCACUGUAGCGAAUUCGCAAUUCGGUUCUACAAGUACGACUUCGACACCGUUUGCCAGCGCGGGAUUUGGUCUAGCUGCAGCGAACACGAGCGACACGUUUGGUACCGCCGCCACGUCUUCUAAUUCAUUGUUCGCGAAUGCGGGAACUACCUUCGCUUCCUCGAGCGCGAAUGUUGUGUCGAACGUUUCACCGUUCCCGCCGAUAUUUGGUGCUCAGCCAUUCGGUGGAAUUAACACAACUAUGGCUACGACGACGACGGCAACGGUGACGACAACGACGACUGUGACAAAUCCAUUCGCACCGCGUACACAGCAAAGUAGCACGCCGUUCGGUAGCGUCGCGCAAAAUCAACUUACCACCAGCUCCGCGUCUCCGUUCGGCAAUACAUCGCUCGCCGUUACUAUAACUAGCACUAUUAUUGACGACAGUGUGUACACCGCGGAAGAUGCGUUAACGAACGAUGAAAUAAGUAUGUACUUGGCUGACAAAUUCGUCGUCGGUAAAAUACCACUAAAACCUCCUACUAAAAAUAUAAGGUGAUUUUCGAGAAUUACGUUUUCGACAACAAAGAUAUCGAGCAUAUAAUAUAAUAAAGACAUUUUUGAUGUGUAAGAAUAUUCCGUCGAUCUAUGAGAUGAAUUUCGCUUGGAAAAAAGAUAUGGUCCGAUGUAUAAUACAUUGUUCUCUUGUAUCAACGUCUUUAAGUUAAUUAAUUAUACAGUUAUUUACAUA